AUGGCUCUUUUAGACACCAUCAGUCUUACCCGAUUUGUUUUAUUUCGUGGUUUUUCCACUUCAUCUCAACUCCUGCGUAUAUCGAAACCUGCCGUGCAAGUGACGAAGAUGGUUGGAUCUAUAGGCACUCACGAUGGGAAAUUUCACUGUGAUGAGGCAUUUGCUUGUUUCAUUCUGAAACGUCUCAAUCAGUUUAGGGACUAUAAACUGAUAAGAGAAUUCAAUGAAACCAUGCAAACACUUGGAGUGCUGGACUUCAACACCAGACUGAGCUCAGCUGGACUGAUUUACGCUCAUUACGGGAAACAACUGAUUGCAGAGUUACUUGGCUGUUCUCAUGAAGACGAGAUGGUAGCGAUUUUUUAUCGAAGGCUUUACGAAACAUUCGUUGAAGCUAUUGAUGCUGUAGACAAUGGUAUACCGCAGUAUGAUGGGACUCCUAGGUACGAUGUUCUGAAUCGCUUGUUCAUUUCGUCCCAUCAUUGACG